CUCAGCUUAAGCAAACACAAUGUCCCGAAUCUUGGAAAUAAGAGCGAUUCUUUUGAGCUGCAUCCUCUAUGGCGUUGCAGGCCAGGAUUGGAUGCGAACUUUUAAAGGGGUCAAAGCCCCGAUUCCGCCUUUGAGUAAUUUUCAAAGUGCAGGAAACGAACGUUGCGGCUUGAGCAAUCCGGAUGGUCUGGGGAUCGACGUGAGAGUAACCGGUGAUUACACUAGACCAGGUGAAUAUCCCUGGGUGGUUGCCCUCUUCAACAAGGUAGGAUUCUUUUCAGCAGGUUCCCUAAUUAAACCGGGAGUCGUCCUAACCGCCAGUAAGCAACUGGAAUCCGGGGUUGCAGAGGAUAUAACGAUCAGAGCUGGAACUUGGAACAUUUCAUUUCCAGCCGGACAGUUGCCAUACGAGGAGCGUCAGGUGGCCAGUAUUGUGCGACACGAGAAUUUCAAGUUGGGAUCAGAAGAGAACAACAUCGCUCUCCUGUUCCUCAGCUCGCCGUUCGAGUUGAAGACCAACAUCCGAACUCUCUGUUUGCCCAGGCAGGGAAAGCCCUUUGAGCAAGGACGCUGCUUUGUCGCAGGAUGGAGUGCGAUACCGUUGAUUUAUGGCCAACGAUUCGUUUUGCAAACGCAAAUUCCAGUAACUUUGGUCAAUCGAGAAAUAUGUCAGGUUAAGUGGAGAAAAAACGACGAACCGAAUUUCGUACUGGGAAACGGAUUGAUCUGCACCGAAGUAGUAGAAAGAGCUUGCGCAUUGUUCAGAGGAUCUCCGCUCUUCUGUCCCACGGAGGAAGACCCAGCACGCUACGAACAGGCCGGCAUCGUUGACUGGACCCUCGGGUGUAGUAUCCCCCCGGGAAAGUACACAAAUGUGGCUUUUUACCGCAAUUGGAUUGAUCAACACGUGAACAAUAAGCAAUUUUAGGAUCUCAGCCGUUAUAUAAAAAAUAUCUUAUAAGAACUAUCUUCUUAUCUUCAGUAAUUUUCCAUAACUAAUUCGGGAGUGUUAGAGAACAUUAGGUACGAAAAAUAAAGUGGGAUCAAUUAAAGUGUAUAUAUGUAUAGGUAUAAACCUUUUCCAUUUCAAA